UUGUGCUGUAUGUUUAAUAUUGAUGACGAGCCGAGCCAUUAGAAAAUUGCUAGCCAUUUCAAAGUCCGUUUGACUUGAACGUGACCAGUAAGCCGAAAUGGCUGUCCGCUUUGCUGUCACAGCGGCGGCCAUCUGACAUCUAGCUUGAAAUACACGAUCUCUAUGGCUACAUCGAUCGAAGGCUAACGUUGCUUUAAGCAUGAGCAGGCCGGGGGACGAGGAGGAGGACACUUUGGACAGAGAGGACUUUUUUGACUGCCAAGAGUCUCUGGAGCGUGGAGACGAGGACAGAAGGCGGCCGGAGACGGAGGCCAAACACACGCUUGAAGAUGAUUCCGACGUCGAGGAAGAGGACAAAUUGACAGAGGAGGAGGAGGAGAGCCGACGGCUGCACAGUCUCACCUUGAAGGAGGAGGGCAAUUCGCACUUUAAAAAUGGAGAUUGGUCGGCGGCGGAGCAAAGCUACACGCGGGCGCUGCGUUUGUGUCCGCGACGCUUCGCCUCAGAGCGAGCGGUCCUGUUCUCCAACAGAGCGGCCGCCAGACUCCGCCUGGAACGGAAGGAAGACGGGAUAUCCGACUGCUCCAGGGCGUUGGAGCUGAACCCGGACUACGUCAAGGCCUUGCUGAGGAGGGCGGAGCUCUACGAACAGACGGAACAGCUGGAAAAGGCGCUGGAGGACUACCAGAAGGUGCUGGAGCGAGAUCCCCGGCACGCGGCGGCCAGGCGGGCCUGCGCGCGGUUACCUCAGCAGAUCCACGAGAAGAACGAGAAGCUGAAGGAGGAAAUGUUAGGCAAACUGAAGGAGCUGGGCAACAUGGUCCUGCGACCGUUCGGCCUGUCCACCGGCAACUUCCGAGUGGACCGGGACGCCGACACGGGCUCCUAUUCUAUCAACUUUGUCAACAAGCCCGACCACACGUGACUUUGCCAAUAAAAACUCUCUUUGCCGUUA